AUGCAAUUACUUCAUCUAUUAUUCGUAUUUCUAAAUAUUGAAGCAGUUUUUAGUUUAAUUAAUUUCGAUUUAACUCAUAGUAUAAAGUCAACGAAUCCAAUUUUUCCUGGUUUAACGCCUUUUAAUUUUACACAAACUUACACAAGUUGGGGACUAGACGGUGACACAAAUGAAUCCUAUUUUAAAGCAUUGAAUACAUUUAUUACAGGCGAACAUUUCGGUACUCAUAUUGAUGCGCCGUAUCAUGGAUCGAAUGCAUCGUGGUCGGUCGAACAAAUUCCAUUCGAACGUUUAGUAUCGAUUCAAGCGUUGAUUGUUGAUGUAUCGAAAAAAAGCUUGAGAAAACGAAAUUAUGAAAUACAAAUUGAAGAUCUUAAUGAAGACGCUAUGCAACAAGCAAAUGGAUUUUAUGUUUUAUUAUUUUACACAGGCAAAUCAAAAUUUUGGCCAGAUCAAAUAACAUACGCCGGUGGUGAACUGAGAGAAGAACUUGAAUUUCCUGGUCUUAGCGUUCAAUUAGCUUCCUAUUUAGUUAAUAAAUAUUCCGAUAAACUUGUUGGAGUCGGAAUCGAUACUUUAUCAAUCGAUCCUGGUUCAUCGAAAGAUUUUCGUGCACAUCGAAUUUUAUUCAAAGAAAAUAUUUACGUUUUAGAAAAUGUUGCUGAACUUCAGCGUGUUCUAACAUAUCUAUCAAAUCGACGUGAAACAUUGUUUUCAUUCGAUGUUCUACCGAUGAAAAUCGAGGGUGGCACUGGUGCACCAUGUCGUAUUGUAGCGCGAUUAGAAAAUUUCGAUGAUGCUGGUGGUGAAUGGUUUUGUUUUCUUAUUUUUUGUCUUCUCCUUAUGCUUAUCGGUAUAGCAGCAAAAGUAAUUUAUGAUUUCAAAUUUCAUCCAGAUAAAAAUUUUUCAUAA